GUCUGCUCCUUUUCGGCAUCCCCGUUGAGAGCAACUGUGUGACGUCCGUCGAGUGGGGACAAUUAGACCGAGAAAACCCCACACCAGCCCGAGUCACAAUUCUCCAAUCUCCAUCCUCCACCAUCCUCCUGAAUCUCAUCAGGCCCAAUUGCACUCUCACUCACUCCCAAUCCGCUGCAAAACCGCCAUCAUGGCCGACGACGACAAGGUCUCGCCGGCUGCCGCUGCCGCUGCCACCUCUGACCUCAAGGCCACCGACUCAGCUGGCUUCGAUGGCUCCGAUCCUAGCAAGACCCACGCGACCAUCAUCGAGCAUGCCAAGGCUGCUGCCGAUAAGGAGCACAGCAUGACCCUCAUGCAGGGUAUCCGCCUCUAUCCCAAGGCCAUCUUCUGGAGCUUCCUCAUCUCCACGUGCAUUGUUAUGGAAGGCUUCGACAUCAGCUUGGUCAACAACUUCUACGCGUUCCCCCAGUUCAACAAGAAAUAUGGUGAACUAACUGCUGAUGGCACCUAUGAGAUUCCUGCCCCCUGGCAGGCUGGUCUGAGCAACGGUGCCAACUGUGGUUCCAUUAUCGGUCUCUUCAUCAACGGCUGGAUCUCCGAACGCUUCGGUUACCGUUACACUAUCAUCGGCUGCCUCAUCUGGUUGACUGGCUGCAUCACCAUCUUUUUCACUGCUCAGAAUGUCCAGGCCCUGCUCGCCGCUGAGAUUCUCUGCGGUGUCCCGUGGGGUAUCUUCCAGACCAUCACCAUCACCUACGCCUCAGAGGUCUGCCCCGUCGCCCUCCGUGGUUACCUCACCACCUAUGUCAACUUCUGCUGGGGUGUCGGCCAGGAGAUUGGUAUCGGAAUCAUCUACGCCAUGCUGGACCGUGAGGAUGAGUGGGCCUACCGAAUUCCCUACGCCCUCCAGUGGAUCUGGCCCCUUCCUCUCGCCAUUGGCAUCUACUUCGCUCCCGAGUCUCCUUGGUGGUUGGUGCGUAAGGGCCGCCUGGAUGAGGCCAAGCAGUCCCUGGUUCGCCUGACUAGCGUCGACCGUGAGACCGACUUUGACGCCGAUGAGACCAUUGCCAUGAUGGUUCACACCACCGCCCUCGAAGAGAAGAUCACCGCCGGUGCUUCGUACUGGGAUUGCUUCAAGGGUGUCGACCGCCGCCGAACUGAGAUUGUGUGCAUGGUUUGGGCUAUUCAGAACCUCAGCGGCAACUCCUUCUCCAACUAUUCCACCUAUUUCCUCAAGCAGGCCGGUCUUUCUGAGAACAAGUCGUAUGCUUUCGCUCUUGGCCAGUACGCCAUCAACAUGGUCGGUGUUUUCGGUGCCUGGGGUCUGAUGACUCUUGGCCUCGGUCGUCGAACUCUGUACAUUUACGGUCUCUGCGGUCUCUGCACCAUGCUCUUCAUCCUCGGUUUCCUUGGUCUGGUGCCCGACGCUCACCGUGAGCAGGCUGCGCUCGCUACUGGCAGCAUCAUGAUCGGAUGGGCCCUCGUUUACCAACUGACCGUCGGUACCGUCGCCUACUCGCUGGUUGGAGAGAUGUCGUCUCGUCGUCUGCAGAUCAAGACUGUUGUGCUCGGCCGUAACCUUUACAACGUCGUCGGUAUUAUCAACGGUGUUCUUACCCCGUACAUGCUCAACCCCACGGCUUGGAACUGGAGCAACUUCACUGGAUUCUUUUGGGGUGGUAUUGCCUUCUGCUGCAUCGUGUACACCUACUUCCGACUUCCCGAGCCCAACGGCCGAACCUUCGCCGAGCUCGACGUCCUGUUUGAGCGACGCAUCAGCGCACGCAAGUUUGCCGAGACCGAGGUCAACGUGUUCCACGAAUCGGUUGAAGAGAAGGUCAUGGACGAGUAUGAGAAGGUUGGCGUCACGACUUUGGAGAAGACACAGGGCACUGCGUAAAUAUUGGACGGUCCAACGAGACCUGGGUUCGCAAGGAAGCGAGGAAUGCCCUCUGCAUAGGCGUUGAAUGAUGGGGUACGACACGAUCGAUGCACUCGGGGUUACAUCAUGGCGAUAUCUCGGAUCUUACUCGGGAUUGAUAAGUGGUCACGUGGUCGCACGCAUCCCAAUCAACAACGCUGUACGCUGUACAUAUGUACGAUGAUGGAGGGUAGUUAAUUAAAUAUGAUGAUAAAGAGAUAUUUACUACACCAUAUCGC